CUCCCACUACUCCUCUUCCCCUGCCCGCCCGCGCCUCCGUCUCCGGCCGGCUCGCUCUCCUCCAUCGCCACCUCCCCCUCGGCGAAACCACCAGAAAUCCCCGCGCGGAUCACUCGCCCGCCGGCCCUGCUCUCGGCUCGCUCGUCCCAACCGACAGCGUAACAAACCCCGGCCGUGCUCGUCGCUGUCUGCUCCUUCAUCACACUAGAAGCUCUGCCAGAGCUGCAGGAUCCAUCCAUCCCGCGGGUGAUGAGGUCCAUGGAGAGCACGGACUCGUCGUCCGGCUCGGCGCCACCGCGGCGGCGGCAGCAGCAGCAGCCGGGAUCGGCGCCGGACCUCCCGCCGGGGUUCCGGUUCCACCCCACGGACGAGGAGCUCGUCGUCCACUACCUCAAGAAGAAGGCCGCCUCCGCGCCGCUGCCCGUCGCCAUUAUCGCCGAGGUCGACCUCUACAAGUUCGACCCGUGGGAGCUCCCUGAUAAGGCGACCUUCGGGGAGCACGAGUGGUACUUCUUCAGCCCGAGGGACCGCAAGUACCCCAACGGAGCGCGGCCGAACCGGGCGGCGACGUCUGGCUACUGGAAGGCCACCGGCACCGACAAGCCCAUCCUGGCAUCCACCGGCAGCCGCGAGAAGGUCGGCGUCAAGAAGGCCCUCGUGUUCUACCGCGGGAAGCCGCCCAAGGGGCUCAAGACCAACUGGAUCAUGCACGAAUACCGCCUCGCGGACGCCGCAGGUUCCACCACCGCCCACCGGCCGCCGCCCGGCGCCGCCGGCGGUGGCAAGGCCACCUCUCUCAGGCUAGACGACUGGGUGUUGUGCCGCAUCUACAAGAAGGCCAACAAGCUCGGAGUCGGCGAUCACCAGAGGAGCCUGGAGUGCGAGGACUCCGUCGAGGACGCGGUGGUAGCCGCGUACCAUACCCACUCCGCCGCGCCUGUCGUGGCCGCUGCGGGGGGAGGAGGGGCGCAUGGCGGAAACUACACCUCGCUGCUCCACCACCAUAACGGCCACGAGGACCACUUCCUCGACGGCCUGCUUACUGCGGAGGACGCCGCCGGCCUCUCGGCGGGCGCCAGCUCCCUGAGCCAUCUCGCCGCGGCGGCGAGGGCGGCGCCAUCUGCCACCAAGCAGCUCCUCGUCCCCUCCUCCACCCCGUUCAACUGGCUCGACGCGCCAGCGCUCGCGAUCCUUCCUCCGACAAAGAGGUUUCAUGACGGCGGUAUGUCCCUGUCGUCGCCGUCCGACAGAAACCACCUGGCUGCUGUUGGCGCCGGUGCCGUCGACAAUGGCGCCAGCGCCGGCGCCAGUGCCAUCCCUACGUUCCUCAAUCCGCUCGGCGUGCAAGCCGCGGCGACCUACCACCACCACGCCAUUCUCGGCACGCCGGUGCCGCCGGAAGCUGCCGCAGCCGCCGCCUACUCUUUCCAGCAUCCCUACCAGCUCUCCGGGGUGAACUGGAACCCGUGAAUAAUCCAUGACACCGACACCGCCUAUGGGCAUGCAUCGAAUGCAUGGCUGGCUUUUCAGGUAGUCAACAUUGGUAGCUCUAGUAGUUGUUGUAGUGGUAGUCUCAUUCAGUGAGCACUGGCCACUGAGUAGUAGCACGCACAGGACACACUUGCAUGCAUAUGGCUAGCUAGUGCUCCCAUUGCCCUAUAUAUACCUCGAGCACGUACCUGUACGGGCUACUAGCAGCUAAGCAACGACAUUGCUAGUGCAUAGGUCAUAUAUAUCUCAAACAAAAAAAAUCUACUAAUAUACCUACAUAGAUAUGAUUAGCUAGCCUCUUGAACCUAGCUAUAGUUUGGAACCUGCAUAUUAAUAAUCGCGCAUCAUGAAGUUGAUGACAUCCCACUCACACAAUUAUUAACUUACUACAUAUAUAUCGCGGUCGUGUAAUUAAUAAGAUGAAAAAAUUAGGGCAUGGUAAUUGCAUGCAUGUAGAUAAAUUAUAUAUGCUUGAUCCAUGCGUAUGCCCUUAUGUACGAAUGUUGUUCAUAUACUAGCUAUAGCAGCCUCUAGUACGUAUUGUACGUACAGGUUUUUCUAAUUGAGUGGCAGCUGUGUAUAGACCACCUCUUUGCAUUGCAAUGGUUUGGUUGCUAGACAAGCCAUUGCCCGUCACUGUCUCUCCAUCUAGGCACCUGCUUGUGCACAAGGUAGUAGCUGAAGAUGUGUUUCCAUGUUUGGGUUGAAUCAUUGGAAUGUAAUGCAUGUGCAGACGGGUUUU